UCUACUGUGAUUGGUCCAGAGCCGUGUCCCUCAUUGCUGCUGCAGAGACACAUGGCGGAGCUGCUGAACACGGACAAAGAAAUGGCUGCUUCGUUUCUUAACAGUGUCCUCAACCAGCUAAACUGGGCCUUUUCUGAGUUCAUAGGCAUGAUCCAGGAGAUCCAACAGGCAGCAGAACGUCCAGAAAGGAACUUUGUGGAUGCUCGUCAGCUGAAGGUGUGUGCCACCUGUUUCGACCUCUCUGUGAGUCUGCUGCGAGUGCUGGAAAUGACUGUUACCUUGGUUCCUGAGAUUUUUCUGGACUGGUCCCGCCCCUCUGCUGAGCUGCUUCUCAGACGAUUGGCCCAGGUGAAUAAUCAGGCUCCGCCCCCACACACCUCUCUGUCUCUGUUCAGCUACACUGUAGAGCACAUAUCCCAAACCACACGGCCCCGGAUUAUUACAUCUGAUUUCUUUUCACCGUGACUAAUCUGACAAUAGAGUUGA